AACCCACCCAACACUCAAUGUUCAUCUCAGACAUUUUUAUUUAUUUUUUUAUUUCUUUUUUCUCUCUAUUUAAACCUUGGAAAUAUUGUUCAACAAACUCAGGAAUAUUUUCACUUUCCCUGAAAAUUUCCUUUCCAUUUCAGAAAAAGAAAAGAAAAAUCUUUAGUUCCAAAAUUUCCCAGACGCCAAUCAUUAGCCAUUUGAAUCAAUGGAACCAAUGGAGUUACAGUUUUGUAAUGGCGGAAACGGUUCGUCACUGGCCGACCCCUUGAACUGGGCUGCGUCAGCUCAGUCAAUGAAAGGUAGCCAUCUGGAUGAAGUGAAGCGCAUGGUUGAGGAGUACAAGAAGCCGGUGGUUCGUCUCGGUGGUGAGACGUUAACGAUAGCUCAAGUCACGGCCAUUGCGAACCGCGACGUCGCCGUUCAGGUUGAGCUCUCGGAGGCGGCUCGGCCGGCCGUUAAGGCCAGCAGUGAUUGGGUUAUGGAAGGAAUGAAUCGAGGUACGGACAGCUAUGGAGUCACCACUGGCUUUGGUGCAACAUCUCAUCGGAGAACCAAACAAGGCGGUGCCCUCCAAAAGGAGCUUAUAAGGUUCUUGAAUGCUGGAGUUUUCGGGCAAGGAACCGAGUCAUGCCAUUCUUUGCCACACACUGCAACGAGGGCAGCCAUGCUUGUGCGGAUCAACACUCUGUUGCAAGGCUAUUCCGGCAUUAGAUUUGAGAUCCUAGAAGCCAUUACUAAGCUCCUCAACGUCAACAUCACUCCAUGUGUGCCACUCAGGGGUUCAAUCACUGCAUCCGGUGACCUGGUUCCACUUUCCUACAUUGCUGGCCUUUUGACUGGCAGGCCAAACUCUAAAGCUUUAGGACCUAAUGGUGAGACAUUGAACCCAACUGAAGCCUUUAGCAAAGCUGGGAUCAAUGGUGGGUUCUUUGAGUUGCAACCAAAAGAGGGUUUGGCUAUGGUUAAUGGAACCGCUGUUGGGUCUGGGUUAGCUUCCUUGGUCCUUUUUGAGGCUAAUGUAUUGGCUGUUCUCUCAGAAGUUCUGUCAGCCAUUUUUGCUGAAGUUAUGCAAGGGAAACCUGAAUUUACAGACCAUUUGACUCACAAGUUGAAGCAUCAUCCAGGUCAGAUUGAAGCUGCUGCAAUUAUGGAACAUAUUUUGGAUGGUAGCUCUUACAUUAAAGCGGCACAAAAAUUGCAUGAACUGGAUCCUUUGCAGAAGCCAAAGCAAGACCGAUAUGCUCUUCGAACUUCACCUCAAUGGCUCGGUCCUCAGAUCGAAACGAUCAGGUUUGCAACCAAAAUGAUCGAAAGAGAGAUCAAUUCAGUAAACGACAAUCCCUUGAUUGAUGUCUCAAGAGAUAAGGCCUUACAUGGAGGGAACUUCCAAGGUACUCCAAUUGGCGUAUCAAUGGACAACACUCGUUUAGCUAUUGCUGCAAUUGGCAAACUACUGUUUGCUCAAUUCUCUGAGCUUGUUAAUGAUUACUACAACAAUGGGUUACCUUCGAACUUGUCAGCAAGCCGGAACCCGAGCCUCGAUUAUGGUUUCAAGGGGGCGGAAAUCGCGAUGGCUUCGUACUGCUCUGAGCUUCAAUACCUUGGCAACCCUGUCACCAACCAUGUGCAAAGUGCUGAGCAACAUAACCAAGAUGUGAACUCUUUGGGCUUAAUCUCAGCAAGAAAAACAGCUGAAGCUAUUGACAUAUUGAAGCUCAUGUCUUCAACUUUCAUGGUUGCCUUAUGCCAGGCCAUUGAUUUGAGGCAUUUGGAAGAGAAUUUGAAGAACACUGUGAAGAACACAGUUAGCCAAGUGGCUAAAAGAGUCCUAACAAUGGGAUCCAAUGGUGAACUCCACCCGUCGAGAUUCUGCGAAAAGGACCUUCUACGAGUCGUCGAUCGCGAAUAUCUCUAUGCCUACGCCGACGACCCUUGCAGUGCAAAUUACCCCUUAAUACAGAAACUGAGACAAGUACUAGUAGACCAUGCAUUGAUGAAUGGUGACAGAGAAAAAGAUUCCACCACUUCAAUCUUCCAAAAGAUUGGAGUCUUUGAAGAAGAGCUGAAAACCCAUUUGCCUAAAGAAGUCGAAAGCGCCCGAACCGAAUUCGAGAACGGGAAUCCGGCUAUCCCGAACAAGAUUGAAGAAUGCAGGUCCUACCCAUUAUACAAGUUUGUGAGGGAAGUUCUUGGGACUAAUUUGUUAACAGGUGAGAAAGUGAUUUCACCAGGAGAAGAAUGUGACAAGGUUUUCACAGCAAUGUGUGCAGGGAAGUUGAUUGAUCCAUUGCUGGAUUGCUUGAAAGACUGGAAUGGUGCUCCUUUGCCCAUAUGCUAAAAAGGAUGUUUCUUUUCUCAAAGUUUGAGAGCUACAACAAAGCCACACUGUUCUGUAAGUUCUUUAACCUGUGCUCAUAUAUAAAGACAUAUAUAUAUAUAGCUUGUUUAAUUUUUCAUUCGAAAAA